CCGCGCCCAGCCCUUCCCGGAAGGGCGGCCCUUUGCCAGCCCGGCCUUCCCACUCGGCGGCGGCAGCAUGGAGCGGUUGGAGGCCUACGGCUUUUCCGCGGUCAUGAGCGGCGCGUUCCUGCUGUCCUGCCUGCUGUUCGCGGCCGUCAAUCGCGGGCAGCGCGGACCCUACAUGGACGAGGCCUUCCACGUCCCUCAGGCACAGGCCUACUGCCAGGGCCGCUUCCUGCAGUGGGACCCGAUGAUCACCACACUGCCGGGCUUGUACCUGGUGUCGGUGGGAAUAGUGAAGCCUGUGGCAUGGCUCUGUGGAUGGACGGGAAGCGUGGUGUGCUCUACAGGGAUGCUCAGGUUUAUUAACCUGCUUUUCAGUGCUGGGAACUUCUAUUUAUUGUAUUUACUACUGUCCAAGAUCCAUCAGAAGAAUAAGGCAGCAGGUGGUCUUUGGAAGAUGUGUUUUAAGGAAGUAAGCACUUGAAUACCUAUAAAGAAUAUAGCAAUGGAAAAACACCUCCCGGUGUCUCACCCUCAGCUGAAAGGAUACAUAAAAGUGCUGGUCCCACAUCUAUACUGGCUACUGGAAAAAGAGCACAGGUACAUGAACCUGCCCUGGGACUCCAGAAGUAGAAGGAAAAGAAUAAACCCUGAUGAGGAGGUCAGGAGGGCCCAGCACCUGGGAGCAGCAUGAUUAUCCAUGGGGAAAGAGCCUGGAAAGUCAGCACCAUGUACCCUGCUGUUUCACAGGAAGCUUCUCCUGAGGGACGGCCAUGGUGCUGGAUAUGAAAGAUGAGGUGGUGUUGUUGGUGAGUCCUGGUACCUCGGUGCUGCCAUCGUAACUCUCCAUCACUCAAUAGCCCUUCAGCUCUCCCCUGAGCCACUCAAUUCCAUUAGCAGCAUGUCUGGCAUUUGUUGCCACACACCUUUCUUUUUCUUCUGGCAUAUAUGUAACCCCUAUUGGCCUUGAUACUGGUGUGACACGCAAACAAGUUACAUAAAGUCUCUCCAGGUGCAUUUUCGCAUAUCACAAGUCCCCUAUAAUUCAUAGUCCAAUAUUUGAAGAGGGUGGCUGGAUUCAGCAUUGAGUCAGAUCUCCCUUGAGAGGAUUAGAUCUUACAGUGCUGUGGUACCCAUGCCCCAUUUUCAGUCCUCUCUACUGUCUUCCUAAAAAAGAAUCUGUAUGUUUCUGGUUUGAACAUUUUGCUUUUGUUUUGAGGCUUAUUAAAAAUUGAGAACCAGGUGGUAUCAGCAUGUGGGAACUGGGCACAUGCCUCUUCCAUCAUGUGGUGCCACCAGCUGAAAAGGGGGAAAUACAGGCUUUGCAGUUAUUUGACUCUGUUCAAUGCUGAUUCCACUGCCAGCUUGAAAAGCUGCUUCUUUUCUGUGGUAUCUCUAGCCUGUGAACUAUGUGAGUUAUGUCAAAAACCUUGCAAUGUUUUCCACAAUAACCUUGCAUGUAGGUGGCAAGCAAAGCCCAGUCUGUGCGUGCUGAAGACUGGGCUGAGCCUGUUCCUCUUCACUGCUGCUCAGACUAGGCACAGAAAAAAUCAAAACAAAGAAAUGUUUCAGGGUGCGGCCAGGAAAUGUUGAGGAUUUCAGUGGCUCAGCUGGAUCCUCAUCCCCGAUAAACUGCUUCUGAGAUCUUGAGGCGACUGGACCAUAGACCAAAGGAGCCAUUGAAACAAGGCUCUUUAUUGAGAUGUGUUUAUUUCCUCAGGUGUCUCUAUGCAUCAUUAGAACACAAAGUGUGCACAUAAUUCAUGUGCAGGCAUGCUGUCCUGUCAAAGCAAUAUCAGCAACACGUGGACUGAA